AUGGCCGCCGACAUCGAAACUAGCUUCCACGCCGCUAUCGAUGCCAAAAGCAUCCACGGUGUCGUUAUCUGCGCUACCAACUCUGAGGGUUCGUUUGAAUUCAAGGAGUCUUUUGGAACACGCACUCUCCUAUCCGGUGAAACGCGCCCGCAAGCGCUAGAUGACGUACUAUUUUUAGCGUCGGCGACCAAAAUACUCACGACCAUUGCAGCCCUGAAAUGCGCCGAUCAGGGCCUUUUAUCCCUCGAUGGUGACCUUUCAUCGAUCGCACCCGAGCUUGCUGCCAAACAGAUCCUGACUGGCUUUACGGAAGACUGUCAAACACCGUUGCUCGAACCUGCAUCUCGACCAAUCACUCUCAGAAUGCUACUCACACAUAGCUCGGGCCUUUGUUAUCACUUUAUGAAUCCACUCGUCGCCAGGUGGCGAGAAAAGUUUGCUGGUUCCGAAACCGACCGUCGAACAGUCGAAGAACUGUUCUGUUAUCCACUAAUUUUUCAGCCCGGCGAUGGCUGGAUGUAUGGCCCUGGACUUGAUUGGGCCGGUCGUAUAGUUGAGCGAGUGGCGGGUUGCACCCUAGGAGAAUAUAUGCAGAAGAUGAUCUUUGAUCCACUGGGGAUCACGGACGGCCAAUUCUACCCGGUCACACGCGAGGACCUACGAGCCCGGCUAGUUGACCUCAACCCUGAUGACCCCGAUGCCCUGGGUCGUGCUGUUCUUGGUGGUGGCGGCGACAUGAACAAGCGUACCAUUGGCGACUUCGGUGGACAUGGAUAUUUUCUUCCGGGUAUCGACUUUAUGAAGGUCCUGCAAUCGCUUCUGGCUAACGACGGCAAGAUCCUCAAGCCUGCCGCCGUGGAAAGCAUGUUUCAGAAUCAUCUCAGCCCUCAAGCAAUGGCAAGUUAUCAAACUGCGCUGGCAAGUCCGAUGGGGCCCUUUUUCCGUGUGGGGACCGACCUUGGAAUGAAGGUGGGCUAUGGUCUAAGCGGUUUGCUAGCGCUGGAAGAUGUCGAUGGCUGGUAUGGUGAGCAUACUCUUACUUGGGGUGGUGGUCUGACACUAGCCUGGUUUAUUGAUCGCCAGAACGACCUUUGUGGCGUUUGUGCGAUACAGGCGGCGCUUCCGGUCGAUGGUGAGUUAGUAGCCUCAUUAAAGCAAACAUUUCGCCAUGAUAUCUAUCAAAAGCAUAUCAGAUGGAAGAAUCAACAAGCUUAA